AUGGCCGGUCAGCUCGGGUGCCGGGUCGAAUUUCUUUCCCAUGACGAGCGUCAGAUCAAGAUUACUCCAAUCUUUCGUCGUUUCGCGGAAGAUACCAAUACAGGUCUACACCAUGCGCCAGGAUGGCUCAGAGGAAUCUUUAAGCCUCUUCUGCCGAUUUCCCCCAUCUCCUCUUCUACGGCCCGUCGGGCGCAGGCACAAGCCGACAGGGUGACAAGUUACACGAGAUGGCGGUGCGUGGCACAAAGCCCUUCCAGCUGUACAUUCGCGAUUUCUUCUCACGCGCAUCGUAACUCGAUCGUUAACAGCUCGGUGCUUCAUGUCUCGUUCGCCCCCAACGCUGAAGAUCCAUUCCCGGCCAUUCUACCCAUGAUCGGGACCAUGGGGUCCUACGAGUACCUGAGCGCGGGCUUCGACGAGCCCCUGGACUGCUACCUGCGCGGCUACGUCAGCUCGCGCAUCAUGAGGCUGGCGACGUCCUCGCCCCAGGGCCUCCCUGCCAGCAUCGCCGCCACAAAGGUCGACGGACUGGUCCUGGCCCUGACCCCAAACGUCCACAGCUACAACUACCGCAGCGCGAUCACAGUAUGA